AUGGGAGAGUUCCAUUCAUCAUCAUUCCAAUUACUAUUACCAAAUCAAAACAAAUCAAAUACAAGAGAGAUGAGUAGUAGGAUUAAUAGACCAAGUACACCUACAUUACAAGACUCAAAAAGACCAACAGCUAAAAGAUCACCUUCAAUUUUAGUAACAGAUGUUAGAAGUCAUAAUUUAAAAGGAACAAGAGCACCGUUUGCUGGUCAUAAUUAUAAGAAGCAACAACAACAAUUACAACAACAGCAGCAGCAGCAGCAGCAACAGUCUCAAUCAUCUCAAGGUUACAACUUCCUGCAACAACAACAUCAAAGCGCACUUCAAAAACGAUUAGCUUUUAGGAAUAAAUAUGCUGAUAUAUCAGUUGAUAAAUUAUUAAGCAAUUCAAGUGAUAUUCCAUCUGGUCAAAGUAGAUUACCUCCACGAUUAGUCGAUAGAGGAUUGUAUAAUAAGCAAUCUUCGGCAAGUCCACCACCAACAAUUGGGAAUCCUAAAUUCCCAGAAGCAAGAUUAAAUGUACGCAGUAUUCCCAAAUUAUCACAAUCAUUACCUGCUAGAACUUCAAAGACAUCUCAGAAAUUAGUAUUAAUCCCAGAACAACAACAACAUUAUAAACAAACCACAUCACCUCCAUCUCAUGCGAUUACUGCCCACGCCAAGGCAACAUCACCUACUCUUUCUCCUCAGAAUAAUCUUGAUCUUCAAGCCCAACUCGAUAGGUCCCGAGCUGAACUAAUGCCCAAAGAAGCAAGAGCUCAAGAAUUUAGUAGAAUGACUGCAUAUUUCAUAUGUCAAGAAUUCAACCUACCUGCAAUUGCCAAAUUCUUACGUAAGAAUCAUGAAGUAAAACCAAGAGUUUAUGAUGAAGCAUUAUAUGUUCCAUAUACAUUACCAUUAUUACCUGGAAAUGAUGGGCUUCGGGUCAAAUCCAAUAAUUCUGCAAAAUUGGUCGCUAAUAAUCGAUAUAUGGAGAAAUUAAUUAAUCGAACUGAACAAACUGAUCAUUUAUAUGAAUAUUAUUCCGGAGUUGAAACUCCUGAGGAUGUGAAUAAUUAUAGUAUGGAUCCGGAAUUGGAAGAUGUACAUACUCCAUUUGAUCCAUCUGAACCUCAAUUCUUUGCCCCACCAAUGGAAAAUAGUCCUGUGAGUAGUGAGAGUGUUAAUUCGGAGAGUAGGAGCAUUAAAACACCUCCGCCUGAAACUGAUAACAAGGCUAAGAAUUUAGAAGUCCGUUUCGUUGAUGAACCAAUUCGACUUGAUACGAGUAAUCGUCCAAGUUCACCCCAUCAUUCCCAAUCGGAUGUUGUUUCAAGACAUCAUGCGGAAAUGUUUAUAUUCGCUUAUGGGAUUGUUGUAUUUUGGAAUUUUUCUGAAAUUCAUGAAAAGAAUAUCCUUGCAGAUUUGGCAUUUGCCGAUGAACCUGAAGAAUUAUUAAUCCAACCGGUUGAUGAACAAGAUAUAGAGACUGAAGAAUUUCAUUUCGAAUAUGAUUCACAAAUCCAUAGACCUAGGAUAUAUAAUGAUAUGAUCACGCUUAGGUCGGGUGAUCAUUUGAUUAAAUUAACCAUGUCGCAUGCGAUUGCCCAGCUGACGAAAUUGGGAUUGUUUGAAAGUAGGAUGGUUAAUAUUUUACAACUGAUUAGUAGAUUGCCUAAGAAGCUUGCAUUGACUGGACAAUUAGGUCUAAAGAGGAAUCAAUUGUUGAAAAAAUCGGGGAAAUUGUUUAAACUUAGAGUGGAUGUGAAUUUACUGAGUUCUAUAUUGGAUACUCCUGAUUUCUUUUGGUCUUUUGAACCAGCAUUACAUCCGUUGUAUAAUGCAGUUAGGGAAUAUCUUGAAAUUGAUCAAAGAGUUCAAGUUUUAAAUGAUAGAUGUAAAGUGUUUUUGGAAUUUGUUGAUAUUGUAAGCGAUAGUAUGAAUGAGAAGAAUACCAAUAGAAUUACUUGGAUGAUUAUUAUAAUUAUUGCAUUAAGUUUGUUCGUAAGUUUAUUUGAAUUUAUAUUGGAAAUUAUAUAG